GGAACCAUCUCGCUCUCUGCUCGUCUCUGCUGAGAGUCGCACAUGCGCAGUGCGGUCGGACGGGCUAGCGGCAGGCAGGCUAACCGGUGUUAGCAGCAGAGCUUCAACAUGAGCAGCCAAGGGGCUGGAAAACCCCGAGAACAGGAGGAGAAGGAGCAGGAGGAGAACUUCUACGACUGCCAAGAGACCCUGGAGCCUCCAGGCCGAAGAGAGGAGGAGGAGGAGGAGGAGGAGGAGGAGCACACCCAACAGGACUUUGACUUUAAAACUGACGGACUGACUGACAGAAGAGACGACACAGAGAGAGAGGGAGGAGGGAGAAGACAGCAGGAGGAGCAGGGCGACAGGCUGCGGGAGGAGGAGGAGCAGGGCGACAGGCUGCGGGAGGAGGAGGAGCAGGGCGACAGGCUGCGGGAGGAGGAGGAGCAGGGCGACAGGCUGCGGGAGGAGGAGGAGCAGGGCGACAGGCUGCGGGAGGAGGAGCAGGGCGACAGGCUGCGGGAGGAGGAGGAGCAGGGCGACAGGCUGCGGGAGGAGGAGGAGCAGGGCGACAGGCUGCGGGAGGAGGAGGAGCAGGGCGACAGGCUGCGGGAGGAGGAGGAGGAGCAGGGCGACAGGCUGCGGGAGGAGGAGCAGGGCGACAGGCUGCGGGAGGAGGAGGAGCAGGGCGACAGGCUGCGGGAGGAGGAGGAGCAGGGCGACAGGCUGCGGGAGGAGGAGGAGCAGGGCGACAGGCUGCGGGAGGAGGAGGAGCAGGGCGACAGGCUGCGGGAGGAUUCAGAUCCAGAGAUAAAGGAGGAGAACAGCCAGGAGGUGGAGUUUGACGAUGACUACUUGAAGGAAGUGGAGAAGGAGCUGACAGAGGAGGAGAAAGAGAGUCGACGGCAGCAAAGUUUGACCUUGAAGGAAAAAGGCAACAGCCAGUUUAAAGCUGGAGACUGGCUGGACGCCGAGCUGAGCUACACCGACGCCUUGGUUCUAUGUCCCGUUUGUUUCAGCCGAGAGAGAGCCGUGCUGUUCUCCAACAGAGCUGCUGCAAGACUGCACCUGGAUCUGAAGGAUAAGGCGAUCUCGGACUGCUCCAGAGCGAUAGAGCUGAAUCCAGAAUAUGUGCGGGCGUUGCUAAGGAGGGCGGAGCUUUACGAGCAGACGGAGAAGCUGGACGAGGCUCUGGAGGACUACAAGAAGGUUCUGGACCUGGACCCGACCCAGACCAGUGCCAGACAGGCCUGCAUGAGGUUGCCUCAGCAGAUUCAGGAGAGAAAUGAGAAGUUGAAGGAGGAGAUGAUGAGUAAGCUGAAGGACCUGGGGAACCUGGUCCUGAGACCGUUUGGACUUUCCACCAACAACUUCCAGGUGAACCAGGACGCCGACUCCGGCUCCUACUCCAUCAACUUCAUCCAGAACCCCAACAACAACAACAGAUGACAUCAUCCAGGACAGGGAUGACCUCACAGAGACCCACCGGUUAUUCUCUGGUAUCCAUGAUUACCGCACUGCAGAGGACCAAUCAGAUCACUGGAAACAUUGUGGCGUCAUUCCUGCAGGAUCCUGACUCAAUAAUAAAGAUCAUUAGAAAACUGUUUAAAUAAAGUUUGUUUGAUUCCGGUCAUGGCCUCGGUAGUCAUGGCGACAUCAAAUCAGGAAGCAGGUUUAAAAACAAAUGUCAAACUUAUACCAAACAAUGAAUAAAAGAGGAAUG